AUGAAAUUACUCAUACAAAAUCUCAUAUUACUUGCUGUUAUCAUAUAUUUAUUUUCCGAUCACACAUGUUCGGCUGAUUAUCCAUCGAUUUAUGGUCAUUCAUCGGUAUUGGUUAAUGACAAGCUUUUCAUUUUCGGUGGUAAUACUGAUUCUGGGGACCUGUCUAAAUGUAUAUAUUAUCUUAAUGUCACCGACCCCCGUCAGUCAUUAUCACGACCACUGAUCAAUCCCACAUCUUAUUUGAACUAUACCAUUAAAAUUGCAUGGGCAACAGCAGUCACAUAUAAUUCCACUAUAUUUUUGUAUGGUGGAAAAAACCAAAGUAUCGACGCACCCGCAAAUCUCUACAUAUUCGAUUCAAUAAACUUAACUUUGAAAGAUUCUUAUGUUCCCCAGAACGAAAGUCGUAUAAGCAUGCAAGCUGUUAUCGACUCUAAAGGAAAAAUUUAUAUUUUUGGUGGAUAUAAUGUUCCUAAAUUUUUAUCCGGUUCACUUCCACCUAGUAUUACCAUUUUGAAUAGCAUGAUUAUCAUAAAUACCAUCUUAUACAAAAACUAUUCGAUUGUCAAUACAACUUCCGGAAUUAUGGGCAGAGCAUAUUAUAGUGCUACAAUGUUAGAUGACAGUAUUUUUUAUAUAGGAGGAAUUGAUUCUUCCUACCGAUCGGUCAAAAUAACUAAUAUUAUCGUGUACAAUACAUCAACGAAUCAAUGGGCAAAUAUUAAUGUGAAUGUCACUGGUUCUGCAAUAAUCGAAAACCGUUAUGGACACACGGCGGUUUUAACACCAAAUAAUAGUAGUAUUAUUAUUUAUGGGGGAGUUACGGAUAAUGGUACCUUACCAGAUCCCCAACUUUUCUUUUUAAAUACAACUCUCCCUUAUACAUGGCUCAUUCCCCCUCGAGAUGAAACCUAUCCACUUCCUAGCGCUUUUCACACCGCUAACAUUGUUGGAGAUUAUAUGAUUAUUGCGUUUGGUCAAACUACAAAUUCGGUAACAUCGCCAACAAAGUCUUAUAACAAGAUACAUUUAUUUGACAUAAACGCUUCUACAUGGGUACCAGAAAAUGUCACAAAUCCGUCGCUGCCAUCAUCAAUGCCAACAUCACAAUCACCACCGAUAGACUUGGUAAUAGUUGCGGUUAUUCUCUGUGGAAUUAUAGCCGUUGUUUUCCUCGUUAUCAUAAUUUGUAAUAGAGACAGACUUGAGAGAAUAAUUGAGAACUUUAGAAGAAGACAUGAGAGAGAGUAUAUAGGUUAG